CUCACGCAAGUCGGGAAUGGCUUGUUGAGCGCACACGCACACACACACAAACACACUUGAACACACACGGAUUCUGUAGGCGCGUGAACAGCUCGUGUGUGUGUGUGUCGCGGCGUCGCGCAGGAACUCAACAGGAGCUCGACCUUGACAGAUUGAAGCACCAUCAUCUUCAUCCUUAUUUCCAUCAUCAUCGGCAAGAGCUCCAAUUCAAGGCGCGAGAAACUCAGCUGGCACUUCCUGGGGUGUAAGCGACUGCUGCUGUCACAAUGGACGCCCAAUCACAAGGCCAGCAGCCGCCGGUGCCAGUGUAUCAGCCACAGAAAAUUGAUAUGGGCUAUAACAGUUUAGCCAACUUUGCCAUUGAGAAGAAGAUUGGAAGAGGACAGUUCAGCGAAGUUUAUCGAGCUACGUACGUUCUAGACCACACUAUAGUUGCUUUGAAGAAAAUACAGAUAUUCGACUUGAUGGAUGCCAAAGCUCGGCAAGAUUGCAUCAAAGAAAUAGAUCUCCUGAAGCAAUUGAACCACCCCAAUGUAAUUAAAUACCACGCGUCAUUCAUUGAAGAGAAUGAGCUAAAUAUAGUACUGGAACUCGCAGACGCUGGGGACCUCUCACAAAUGAUAAGGCAUUUCAAGAAACAAAGGCGGCUGAUUCCUGAGAAGACAGUAUGGAAGUACUUUGUUCAGCUGUGUAGUGCGCUGGAGCACAUGCACUCCCGCCGGAUCAUGCACAGAGACAUCAAACCCGCCAACGUCUUCAUCACAGCCACUGGAGUGGUAAAACUGGGCGACCUGGGCUUGGGACGCUUCUUCAGCUCCAAAACAACCGCGGCUCAUUCUCUAGUGGGCACCCCAUAUUACAUGUCUCCCGAGCGAAUACACGAAAACGGAUAUAACUUCAAAUCUGACAUCUGGUCGCUAGGCUGCCUGCUCUAUGAGAUGGCGGCCUUGCAGAGUCCGUUCUACGGGGACAAAAUGAAUCUCUACUCGCUGUGUAAAAAGAUUGAGCAGUGCGACUACCCACCUCUACCAUCUGACCAUUACUCUCAAGAGCUGAGAAAGCUGGUAGAUAUGUGCAUCAACCCGGACCCGGAGAAAAGGCCCGACAUCACCUAUGUGUACAGCAUGGCCAAACACAUGCACGGUCGGAUCGCAAACUGAGUCUCACACCCGAUUCCUCUUCCUUCUCCUUUGGCAGAACAUCGUUUUGCCUACAAAUGUCAUUUUAAAGCCUGCAACCUGGCUUCUUUCAUUACAAAGUAUACAACGUAGGGCACAAAGCAAGGCCUUUGGUUUACUAGAAUACAUCAAAUAUAGCAGUCUAUAAAGAAGAAAAAGGAAAAACUAAGCAGUGUUGUUAACUGGUUUGACUUGAUCUUUGCUCUUUUCAAUUUUGGUACAAUGCGAUUAUCGCUUAUAUACCUCCAUUUUUGUUUGUCAUCGCAUCGGCGGGAAAUAUUAAUAUGAUACGCUUUCGACAAUCUCGUAAUCAUGAGAAAAACAUGACUAUCAAAAUUACUUAAAAUUCUCCCUUAGAAGGCAUCUAUCUAGCAUUCAAUAUUUGCGAGUGUUUGUCGUUCUAUUAAAAGAGCGUGAGGUCAUGGUGGCGAUUGUCUCACUUUUUUUGUGGGCGAAAUAACUAGUCCACAUCUAAACCUCCACUUGUAUUUAAGCCGAUUUCCUCACCAUCCUGCCCAAAUUUUCUUGGGAUUUUAGGCCUUAGACCUUUUGAAGCUUUACAUAAAUUAUUAAUGGCGACAAUGCGGUGCCUUAGCGUUCUAUUAUAAUGCAUUCAGGAUGAAGUCCGUUUUAAAAGGCAAAUUCUUCCCAGUAUCCGCACCUCCACCGCUGAUACUUGAACUUUAAUGAAUGAUUAAUGCAAAAGCCUCAACCUAGAAAUAUUCACACAGUGCCUUGUUCAGAAACGCUGCCUUUCUUGCUGUAAACUGAACCCCCCCCUCCUGCAUUAUUUUAAAUGUUAUGCACAGAUUACAUCAUCCAAUAAGUUUAUGUUGUGUUUAGCAUCCUGAAAGAGGUACGUUUACAAAUGAGUCCGUUUGUACAAUUGGAAAUAAUGUUUUAUGACCUCUUCCAGACUGUGCUGCUCGCUCCAGAAUGUGGCUUGUGAUGUUUGGCAGACUCGGUCCAAUAUCACUUACACGAGCGUAUGAAGUUCUACUAUCCUGACAGCAGCUAUUACGCAGCACCUUUUGCAGGCAGUAUGAUUUGCUGUGAUAGUACCAAGUAUAAAAUGGUAUUUUUUAUUUUUACUUUAGCCGAGAGCAUCUUUUGUGUUUACUUUUACUGUAUUUUUGCAAUAAUCACCUUUAUUCUUUUUUUUCGUCUUUCGUUAACACGAUUACAGAUCGCGCUUGUUGCCUUAUAAAUAACAGAGUGUAUUUAUCUUGACGAGGCACGCAAGGCCUUCUCCAGCAAGUUCUGGAUCCUUUACAGUGGUAAAGCACACAUGAAUUAGGCUGUAAUCUCACGUCACUUUCACCCAAAAUUGGGACGUUAAGGAAAGAAAGGCAACUUUUUAUUUAUUUGUCUUUUUUUUGACUGUUUAUUUUAACAUUCAAGAUGGACAUUAAUUCUUUAUAUGCUAAUUGAAAUGAAAAAUAAAGAAAUAAAAUGACUUAAA